GUAAUUUGACAAAAAUUUGUUUAUGUACACUUCAACAGAGUGAAUGGCUACAUGCCUCCCCACGUGUGGAUUGGCUAUACCUAAAAAGCUCCAAAGUUAAUGAUUGGAUCGCAAAUGUUUUAUGUGAAUGGAAAAGAAAACUGUCAAUUCAUCUUAAAAGGCACUCACUUAUAUUUGCGGAAAAACUAUCACUUUCAGAUAGGCGUUCUAUGCUAAAUUUUUAUAAUUUAACAGUUUUUCAGAAUUCACCCAGAGUUGCAAGUGAACUGGCAUGGUUUGGCUCGCUACAAAAACUUUUGACUAUUGACGUAGACUUUAAUGAAUUAAGACAUAAAACACCACAUACUAAUCCAUAUGUAAUAGGGUGGAAUCUGGGUGAUAACAAACCCUUUCUAGGCAAGCUUCUAAGAACAAGUCUGAACCUUGCAAAUAUCAUGCAUAUUAAUCCAACGAUUGGACGCAACCAAAGAAUCGUAUUAUCACCUCGCACCAGAUGCAUUUAUCAUAAUCCAAUUACCAAGAUUCCCCCUCAAACUAAAGAUAGUGAACACCGUUGUUUUUCACUAUCCCUCGAGACCUCUGUUUCUUUAUUUCUACCUCUCGCAAUAAUA